AUGAUUUCGAAUGACGUUGAAAAUAAUAUUAGUAGUAGUAUUAGCAACAUUACUACUGUUUCACAGCCAUCAACGACUGCAACAUCAUCAAGUCAUGGUAAUACAAAUUAUUCAUCAAUCAAUACAUUAAUUACAACUGAUACUCGACAAAGUGUUUGUCUUUCAGCUAAAUCUUCUAAAAGAACAUCAUCAUUAAAUCAAUCAAGUAUCCAUCGAGCAAUAUCGGGCGGUGUUGCUCUUACUCAUUCAGCAAAAUUAAAUGUUCGUAAACGAACUUCGGGUAGUACUGAUACUCAAGGUACACCAACUAGUUCUAUAAGUUAUUCCACAAUUACAUCUAAUGAUAAUGGUAGUAUGCAUGAUAGCAACAAUAAAAAUAGCACGUCUUAUCGAGAUCUUCUUCCAUCUGAUCAAUCUGAUGAUGAUGAAAUUUCAACAAACAGCAGUGUAGUGAUCAAACAAAAAUCAACUGAAUUAUUAACUCGAUCUGAAGUGUUAUCUUACGUUUUAGUUCAAGACAAUGAUGAUAAAUGCAAAUUAUGUGACCAAGUAAGCCUUCCAUUAUAA